AUAAAAGAAAAACGGUAAAUGAAAAGAAAAAAAAGGAAGCGACUCUGACGUAGAAAUAUAGUAGUUUCUUUUUAUUUAGUCCGAAAAAGGAAAUUUUCUGGCAGUAAUGGAUAAUGCUAGACGGCUAACAUAUAAAUACCUUUACCAACAAAUAAUUUAUUCUUCAAUUACUUACUUUUUAUUUUAUUCAAUCAAUUUUUUUACCAGUAAAAUCCCUUUUUAACAUGUCUCGCUCACAGUAUCCUCCUAUUGUUCUUAACACUUCUUCCACUGCUCGUUUGCAUCCUUCUAGACAAACAGCAUCUAUUGGUGGCAACAAUAUUAAUGCUGAUAAUAGAAUAAAUCAGCUUGAAGAGCAGAUCGGUUCUCAAAGCCAAAGAAUCUCUCAGUUGGAAGAAGAGAUUACAAACUUAAAAAAUCAAAAUCUGUUAUUCAAUUCAAUCAAUAGGACAAGAUUCACGAUGCUUACGAGCAAAGUGGACGUAGAUUUGAUCCCAGAUCUACGUUAAAAGAUGGAGGUCAUAACGAGCAGAUCUUCGAUUUUAUCUUUGCCCAGGUUAGAGGCAACAACAAUCCUGGGGAAAGAGCAAGGAAAGAGAUUUCGGCACGCAUUAGAAGUGUCUAUGAUACGGAAAAAAGAAAGCAUUCGCGUGCCGAAAUCAGCACUCAGGAGCAAUUAGAUGCUCUAAAAAAAAA